AUGCCUACUAAACAGCCUUCCAUAUGUGACUACGCCACAUUCAACACCAACAUCCUCUCCUUCCCCUUCUCCCUAUGCAAGCCUGCCUUUACAGAAGCUUCAUUUGUUUCAUGCCAUUCCGCUGCAGUUUCUACAACCCUCAGGAGGUUGUCCCAACAGUGCGACUUAGACCCUUGGGGCGAUUCCGAUGACUGUUGCUUUGAUAACCAUAUGGCCAUGGACGAGAGCUUCACCAGCUCCGCAUCACUACAACGAUCAGCCUCCCACCACUCAAAUGCUUCUGCGAGAAGCUCCCGCUCGCAGACAGUACGGACCAGACCUCGAAAAUAUACCUCCUACAUGUCCAGUUCGGCGUCGUCUAUUUCUGACAAGUCCCUAACGUCGUUCCCCUCGUUUUCGCCAGAGUCUCCCAGAGAUAACCACUCCUCUUUUCUACUACCAACAGUCGAUGGCACAGCCAACAAGUCUUCAAAAUCUACUCCGUCCAUUGUCGAGAGUCUAACCACAUCAUCGCCCGCGAACGAGCGCCUUGCUUUGUUUGAUGACGCCCCACUCAGUACCAAACAUGUUCCAGGUUCUAUCCACCUUGCAAACAACGAACACAUUGAAAGAUUAAUUGCGCGCAAUGGAGCUGUUACCUUGGUCAGGCAAAUUGCCGAGGAUCUUGCCCAGCGAGAUGCACAAAUGGCUACAAUCAGGCGCAAGGCCGAGAACAGGGAGCGGGCACUCAAAAAGAUAAUAUUGGAGUGUGGUUUAUCGAAUUUGGACAUGGAGACACGAUUGCGAGCGAUUGAAGCGGAAAGAAAGCCUGCAGACGACAGACAAGACUUAAACGCGCAGGAAGGCGGUCUUGAGGAUAUGAUGAGCGAUGCGAUGACGGAGACUGUGGUGCUGGGAGAGCGUGCAUUUAUGGACAACGAUGCUACACUUCGGGCGAAAGAUUCGUUGAAGGCCUUAGAAGAUCGAUCCUCAAAUAUUCCUAAAGGCUGGAAAGAUUAUUUAUGGGGAGGGACGAGCAAAAAAAGUAGCAGGGCCAGCAGUGUGAACGAAGACAUUGUCCAGGAUUUGGAAUCUACGACUAGGAAAAACAGUGCCGCUAAUGGGCGGCGUACUGUUUUGCAGAGUGAUCUUUUUCAACCUUUGAAUGGUACACAAAGUACAAGCCGAGCCUCAAGUAUCAAUGUGGACAGUUUAAGUCGGGGAAGAAAGCCUUCAUCUGGCCUUGCUACGUUGGCCCUAAAACUUGUUGCAGGGAGCACGACAGGCGUCAAGGAUUCUGAGGGGUCCAAUGGUCGUGGCCGAGCGAAUAGUAUGGGAACAACACCAGCUCCGAGAGCCGAAUCUACUGUUAGUACGAGAACGACUAUGUCUGCCAGACCAGCGCCAGUCAAACCACCCGCCAAGGCAGUGCCAACCCCACGACGAAGCAUAGCAGCUAGCAGUCAAAGCGGACCCGCGCGAGGGCAACAGGAAAGGUGGGAUACCAUGGGAGCGAGUCCUCAGGGAAAUGAUGCAUCAGGUCGCUCCGAUAAUUAUGGUCCCGUCGAGAUGGACCAGAUUCUUCCUCUGGAAGCACAGCCGCCAACAGUGACCCAGAUAUAUAACAACCCUUAUAACCAAGAGUUCCUUACAGAUAGAUUUGGUUUCAUAUAUGAUCAACGGCGAAAGAAGAGACAAAGAGAAGCAGCCGAAAAGAUACGCAAAAGCAAACGAGGGAGUAGGGUGGAAAUGCUAAGCGGUGCAAGGAAUGGGCUUGAUGACGAUGACGAGUUUGAAGAGGAGAGGCCCGACACUCCUACGUCCGUUGAAGAAGAUGGAAAACCCGUCAAACGGUGGCAGGAUUAUCUGAAGAUUGCUACUUUUCCUACGGAGCUAUUAUCACAUACGCCUUCAGGUGCUGUACCUGCGUUCGAAGUCAUGGAAGGGUGCGAGGUGCCAAGAUCUCCAGGAAUUAUAACUGAAGAGCGAGGCUUUGUGCCAUCAGCAAGCACUGCUCCAACACAGCCUGCUGUGCCUGUGACUUCGGACAACGCCACCAUAUCGAAGCCAGACCCCUCUUCACCUCCAAAAGCCGAGCUUACCAAAGAAGACACUGAACCGGUCAAGCUUCUCUUGCAGCAAUUGGGUGAGGUUCAUGAUUCUCUACAGCGAGAGAAGACGGUCAGGUGGAACGAUUUCCUACGCAAGGUCAGAGCUGAGCGUAAACGCGAUGGUGAAGCAGCCGCGGCAGCGUAUGCUGCAACAGCAGAUAAGAGUUCGAGGACUGUAGCUGCCACGCCUGAAGUAUCUCUGGCGGAUGGAGAGUUGAUUGGUGUUGCUGGUCUGGGCAACAAAGGCAAAGUUGGACGUGCUAAGUGGAAUGAGUUCAAAGCUCUCGUUCUCGGUGGCAUUCCUGUAGCUCAGCGUGCCAAGAUCUGGGCUGAGUGUUCUGGGGCUACGGCACUACGGAUUCCUGGCUACUAUGACGAAUUAGUUGCUCAUAGUGAAAAGGAGGAUGAUCCCGCAAUCAUUGCUCAGAUCCAGAUGGACAUCAAUCGCACUCUGACAGACAACAUUUUUUUUAGGAAGGGGCCAGGUGUUGCCAAGUUGAACGAGGUCCUGCUAGCUUAUUCUCGACGAAACGAAGAGGUUGGGUACUGUCAGGGCAUGAACCUUAUCACAGCUUGCUUGCUUCUCGUCAUGCCUACAGCCGAGGACGCAUUCUGGGUUCUCACCAGCAUAAUCGAGAACAUCCUCCCGCGCGGCUACUAUGACCACAGCCUUCUCGCCUCCCGAGCUGACCAGCAAGUCCUCCGCCAAUAUGUCGCAGAGAUCCUCCCCAAGCUUUCAUUCCACCUCGACGACCUGGGAAUCGAGCUAGAAGCCCUGACCUUUCAAUGGUUCCUCAGCGUCUUCACAGACUGCUUGUCCGCCGAAGCCCUAUUCCGCGUUUGGGACGUCGUCUUCUGUACCAACGAUGGCAGCACCUUCCUCUUUCAAGUUGCGCUUGCACUUCUCAAACUCAACGAGCAACAAUUACUACAAUGCUCGACCCCAGCUGGCAUAUACACUUACAUCAAUCACCAGAUGACGAAUCACGCUAUUAGUAUCGAUGGCUUGAUCCACGCUUCUGAAGGUCUGAGAAAGGUGGUUAAGAGAGAUGAAGUUGAGAUUCGACGCGCGAAAGCUAUAGACGCAGAGAAGGACUUAAUCAGACAGCGAGAAGCGCGAAACAACCUCCGUAAAGCGGAGAGACUUGCUACAGCAAGUGACGAAUCUCAAAAGAAAUCUGCGAAUAUGGAGAGUACACCUUCGCAGUUGGAAUUAGCGGGCGAUGAUUACGGCGAAUUGACAGUGAGGACGCCCAUUCCAGUGGAUGAUGAAACCUCGUUGGAAUUAGGUUGA